GCGGCUGCUCAGCGGUGCCGGGAGCGCGAGGGGGCCGUUCCCUCCGAGCGCCUCGCCUGGAGCCCCUCCCUGCCGCCUCCGCCGCGCUCCCGCCCCUCGGGCCGAGGCUGUCACCGCGCCUGCCGCCGGGCGCCGCCAGCAUGUUUGACAGGACGCGGUUGCCCUUCGUGGCGCUGGACGUGCUCUGCGUGCUGCUGGCUGGCUUGCCUUUUGCAAUUCUCAGUUCACGACGUACCCCCUUCCAGAGAGGCGUGUUCUGUAGUGAUGAAUCCAUCCGGUAUCCAUACAAAGAGGACACCAUUUCUUAUAAAUUAUUAGCAGGAAUAAUUAUUCCUUUCAGUGUAAUUGUUAUAAUCCUAGGAGAGACUCUCUCGGUCUUUUAUAAUAAUUUACACUCAAAUUCAUUUGUCAGAAAUAAUUACAUAGCCACUAUUUACAAAGCCAUUGGGACCUUCAUUUUUGGGGCAGCUGCUAGCCAGUCGUUGACAGACAUUGCCAAGUAUUCCAUAGGUAGACUGCGUCCUCACUUCAUUGCUGUGUGCCAGCCCGACUGGACACGGAUAAACUGCAGCCUGGGCUACAUUGAGAACUUCACUUGCCAUGGGGACAAAGCAAAAAUCAAUGAGGGAAGACUAUCAUUUUAUUCUGGCCAUUCUUCAUUCUCCAUGUACUGCAUGCUCUUCGUAGCACUUUAUCUUCAGGCAAGAAUGAAAGGAGACUGGGCAAGGCUUGUACGUCCUACCAUACAAUUUGGUCUCAUUGCUGCAUCUAUCUAUGUGGGUCUCUCACGUGUUUCUGACUACAAGCAUCACUGGAGUGAUGUUUUAACAGGACUUAUCCAGGGCGCAGUGGUAGCUGUGCUCAUUGUUGUAUAUGUGUCAGACUUCUUCAAAGUGAGAGGAUGUACAUUUCAACCAAAAGAAGACUCCCAUACAACCCUACAUGAGACUCCAACAAAUGGAAAUCACUUUGGCAGCAAUCAUCAACCAUGAAGAAUGACGUGUAUCACCUACAUUGCUCUGAAAGAAAACAAUUUCACAAGUCUAACUCUGUAAUAUAAGUAAUCACCUUUAAGGGACUGCUGCUGCUCUUGGAUGCUCACCUUACCUGUAUAUAGUGACAUCUACCACAGUUAUUGUACAUCUAAACUUUAAAUUUCUGUUGGUUCAAGCUUUUGCUUAAAAAGAAAGCUAUUACAAUUGUAAAUUUUUAUUGAAAACUGUAACAAGUUAUAUUACAUACACUGCUAUUUGUACAUGCCUUGUUGAAUCAACUGUGGUUUAAGUAAACACCAUUAAAAGGAAUUACUUGAUAUGGAA